CACAAAUCCUCUCGCGCCGCCGAUCCUCCGCGAGCGCGUUGCUACUGACGACCGGUCCCAGGAACACACACAAUGGACGGCACGACGACCUGGACGGCAGCGCCCACACAGCCGGGGCUGCCCGCGAGACCACCCCACGCUGAGAGGACCGAUCACCACCGCGACUGUUCGGGCGAAUGCUGCCUAUGCAUCCCUCCCGACGUCGAGUCCGAGCAAUGGCUCCUAGAUUGGUUGCCCGUCGGCCGGUUCGACGCGCACGAACGUCCGUCCGCCGAGCUGCUGCAAACGGCGACGCCGCUGCGUGACGGUCUGCUCGCGAAUGAGGUGACCGCCGACAUCGAGGCGCCCCGCCUGGCGGACGCCCUCAGUCGCCUGGACGAGCGCCUCGAUCGGAUGGAGCACCGGGCUCGCGUGUAUUUCACGUACUUGUUUUUCUUCGCGGUCAUGCUAUGGUUUAAUACGGAGCUAGACAACGGUAAUAAGGACUACGGUUGGCUGACGGGGUGGUUGUGGCUGCUCCUCUACUACAUGGCCUGGAACCGAAACUCGAAGAGGUCCGUCAAGAACUCGUGGAUGUGCUGGGGACGGCUCCUCUUGGGCUCCUAUGUCAUCGUGCCUAUAGUUUGCCUCAUCAUAGGCUUCCUAUUUUUUCUACGGUGGAUUGCAGCAGAAUCAGAAAAAGCUAAGAAGGGCGACUGACCGUCGUCCCGCGUCCGAGUCCGCCUCGCCAUUCGCCUACUUUUAGCCCCACGUUCGACGGGAUUGUUACUUUCUAAGCACGCUAUCCUGUCAGUUCGCUCCGCACCGCUCCUCGAAAUACCCCGCACGCAUCCACUCUCGAGUCUCGAUAUCGCGAUCCGCCACGCGCUGCGCAUCCUACACAUCGAUCGACAUCGAGGCUGCC